UGAAACAGAUUUUCCCAACAUUCUACGGCACGCGAAAGGUUUAACUAUUAAUAACUAAGUAUUUAUAAUUUUAAAAAGCAUCCGUUUUAAAGUUUUUAGAAAAAAUAUUGUACAGUAUGAACUCACAAUAAGACGUGCUUUAGUUGUCACAUUUCGAUAAAUUCAUUUGCAGUGCAUGUACUGAACAUAUUCCACAGAAUAACGUCAAUUCGUCGAUGCCCGGUGUGUUUGUGUGAUUGAACGAAAAACAAUAAGAAGGCUACAGUGAAGAAAUUAAUUUUGCCAAAAGUUAAGAAAAAUACACCAAAAUUAUGCCGGAAUCGGAUGUAACAAAAAUGAAGGUGGCUGAUUUGAAGCGCGAGCUAAAGCUGCGUGGCCUUGCUACCACGGGUAAUAAAACGGAACUUCAAGACCGCCUACAAACAGCGCUACUUGAGGGUGAUAUUUCUCUAGAAGAUUCAGCUAUUACGAAUGAGGACGCACUGCUUGAUGACGAUGCUGUAUUAACCGAUGAAGAGGAAUCGCCGAUUGCUGCAGAUGAAAACGAGUUACUUAAAAGUCCUACCAGUACUCCUACUGCUUCUGAAUUGCCUUCUCCGUUGAACGAGAAUAAGCCAAGUACCGAUGUCACAAAUACGGCAACUAAUAAAAAAACAAUUAUUUUGAAACGUAAAGUCACCUUAACAAAUGACGGGGACAAAGUUUCAUCGGCCACUGAAGACGCAACAUCAACAACAGCAAAAGAGAAUACCGAGCCACCAAAGGAAAAGGUUUUGAAAAUGAGUGAGCGCAAUCCGAUCACCGUAAGUGAUCUCAGUUCUAAAGAGCCAAAAGUGGUACAAUUAACCCAAAUGGAACGUUUGGAACUUCGUGCCAAGAAAUUUGGACUAGGCUCAAACUCGACCACUGCUGCAAUCUCAACCAAACCUGUUAGCAAUACAAAGAUAAGUAGCGUUACCACAGAGCCCGUUGUCAAUGAUGUCAAACAAAUGGAAAUGCUGAAAAAACGAGCGGAACGUUUUGGUUGCGUUGUUUCCUCAAAAAUGGCAAAAAUCGAUGCUGCGGAGAAAUUACAGAAGCGAAAAGAACGAUUCGGUGCGGGGAGUUCAACCACAUCAACCGGUGUUGCUGUCGGUUCAACAAAAUCAGAUGACAUGUGGGCUGAAAAGGCACGAGCACGUUUAGAACGCUUCAAAAAUACUCAAUCAUUAUCAACUGAUAAACAAAUUGCCACAUCGAGCGGAAAUACUGAGAAUAGCGAGCCGAGUAUAGAACUAGCACCAGUGGUCACGCCAUCAACACCUCCAACCUCAAUUGCUGUUCUACUCCGUAACCGCAAGGAUAUGCUACAUAGUUAAAUUUGUAUCCAUAACAUUUAAUUACAUUCUGCACAUUUAAGCAUAAACACUUACUCGGUGAAUAUGCAAAUAUUGUUUGAAUAAAAAAAAUUACCAUUUUAGGAAGAUGUUUCUUAUUAACCGUACAAUAAAGAGUUCAAUAAGAAAAAAA